AUGGCAGUGAUCACCUUUACACCUCUCUAUGGUGUUCACUCAAGUGCACCUUGUUGUGCAUAUUUGUUAGAAAUUGAUGAAGUGUGUAUCCUAUUAGACUGUGGAUGGACAGAUGAGUAUGAUCUUGAGCUAUUGAAGCCAUUGCAGCGUGUCGUCGAUCGCAUUGAUCUUGUGCUAGUGUCACAUUUAGACCUGGCGCAUAUGGGAGCACUUCCGUAUGCCAUGGGAAAACUAGGACUUCAAGCGCCUGUAUAUGGGACAUUACCAGUGCAUCGCAUGGGACAAAUUGCUCUAUAUGACGCAUUUCAGGCCAAAACAAAGCAUGACAGUGAUUUUUCGCUCUUUUCGUUGGAUGACGUCGAUUUGGUCUUUGAAAACUUUAAACAACUCAAAUAUUCAGAGAAAUUGACGCUCACAAGCUCAGGAGAAGGAAUUGUGAUUACACCUCAUGUGGCGGGUCACCUUAUUGGUGGCGCGCUGUGGAGGAUCAUGAAAGAGACGGAUGAUAUUAUCUAUGCUGUCGACUACAACCAUCGCUCGGAACAUGUACUGCAAAAAACGAUCUUAGACUCGUUCACACGUCCAACACUGCUUAUUACAGACUCCAUGAGUCUCCAUGCAGAGCAACCCAAGCUCAAAGACCGAGAUAGCAAGAUUAUGAUGGAGAUUUUAAAGACAGUUCGGAAUGGAGGAAAUGUAUUAAUUCCGACCGACAGCUCUGGCCGCGUGCUAGAGUUAAUGCGAGUGCUGGAUCAGUACUGGAUUCAGAAUAAGCUGCGCGAUCCAAUUGCGCUACUUCAUGAUAUGAGUUACUACACGCCGAAGGCUGCGCAGGCAAUGCUGGAGUGGUGCAAUGACCGCAUCGCAAAGAACUUUGACGUUGGUCGUCAGAAUCCGUUUCAAUUCUCUCACAUUCAUCUGGUUCACACGUUGGAAGAACUGGAUGCUCUCCCAAGCCCAAAGGUGGUGUUGGCUACUUCACCAAGUCUAGAAUGUGGUUUCGCAAAGGACAUUUUCAUUCGCUGGGCUCCUGACCCCCGGAACAGCAUCAUUUUCACUUCCACAACGCCAAAAACGUCGUUUGCAUCCCGUGUACUAAAGCUCGCCAAGGGCCCGUCAACAGAGAAAGUUAUUUCAUGCACAGUGAGAGAAAAAGUGUUUUUGGAGGGAGCAGAGCUUGCCCUUUAUGAAGUGAAGGAACGAAAACGUCUUCGGACUGAGGCUGAAAACAAGGCGAAGGAGAUUGAGGAGGCAGCUAUGGAAGAUAUGAUGAUGGGAAUCGAAGACUUUGAAUCCGAGUCGGAGGAAGAGGAAACUACACAGCAAGAAGUGCAACUUCGGGGUACGUUCAAGGUCGGCCUGGGGCAGUUUGCGUCGGUCCGGUAUCCGAUGUUCUUUGCUGUAGAACCGAAGAUCGAGUGGGACGAAUAUGGAGAGAUUAUCAAUCCUGAUGACUUCAAGGACGCUGCUUUACUGGCAAUCCGUCAAGCGCGUCGCAACAUUAUUGAAGAUGCAGACGGAGAUGAGGAUAUGGAAAACGCUGAUCAGGAGACUGCUGUUGAAAGCCGGCCUACCAAAACUGUCACGAACGAAGUCGUCGUCAAUAUCGCUUCUCGCAUCACGCAAGUAGACUUUGACGGUGUUGCAGACGGCCGAGCAAUUCGAAACUGUUUGGGCAACGUAAAGCCUCGAAAGCUUAUUCUGGUUCAUGGCACGGAGAAGACGACAAACGAACUCAAACAGUUCGUGGAAUCAUCGAUUCCAAUGUGCGAAGCCGUGUUUACUCCGAAUGUGAUGGAGUGUAUUGACAUCGAGUCCGACACGAAUGUGUACAAGUUGUCAUUAAAGGAGUCGCUGUACACGUCUGCAGUAUUCCGGAAGGUUGGGAGCCACGAAGUUGCCUACGUCACUGGCUUAUUCACUCUACCCGAGAAUAGCUCUGUGCCGAUACUGCAGCCUUUGAACGAGAACGGUGGUCAAACAACGCACGAGCCAAUUCUGCUCAGCGACGGCAAGAUGAAGCUGGACGUGAUGAAGCAAGUGCUGGGUAAAGCAGGUUUUCAAGCGAAAUUUCGUGGUGGUAUGCUGGUAUGCAAUGAUGGAGUCGUUCUUAAACGCGCGAUGAACAAUGAAGUUGUGAUGGAGGGUGCCCUGUCCAAGAAUUAUUACCGCAUUAGAGCACUGUUAUAUGAACAGUUUACGCUUGUGUAG